AUGGAAAGUGGACAGUGGUUGGCGCAUGCAGCCACCAUCACACUCGCUUCUAUUCAUGGAAAUCCGCCUGCAGUGGUUGCCACGAUCCGCCGUCUUAAUCAGCACGCCAGCCGGCAGAGGUCGGUCGCAUCGACUUUGUUCUCGCGGCAGCGGCACCAGGCCCGGGCGGGAUGUUUUGCUGUCGUUGGCCGAUAG